CUCACUCUUUACCUUAUUACUCCGUUUUACACCUUUUGUACUCUACUCCGUCCCUUGGUUGUUUUUAAAAAACCUGCCUAAAGCUUCAACUAAACCUCAAACCCACGAACCACACUUUCCCGAUCCUUCCACUCACUCACUCUCUCCUCUUUCGAGUCAGUCACAAUGGCCACCCAAUUCGAAAAGAAGCUCGUCAAAGAGGGCAACAAGACCGACUACCCGAAACAGGGCGACACCGUCACCAUCGAGUACACGGGCUGGUUGUUCGACCCUUCGGCGGGCGAGAACAAGGGCAACCAGUUCGACAGCUCCGUCGGCCGAGGCGACUUCAAGACCCCCAUCGGAGUCGGCAGGGUCAUCGCCGGCUGGGACCAGGGCGUCCAGCAAAUGUCCCUCGGGGAGAAGAGCACCUUGGUCAUCCCCGCCCACAUGGGUUACGGUGACCGCGGUUUCCCGGGCCACAUCCCGCCCAACUCGACCCUCAUCUUCGACGUUUACCUCAAGGGCAUCAACGGAAAUUCUGUCUAGAUGGGACGGAGAAAAGACGCCAGUGUCUGGCCAUGUCACAGAAACGAAGGCACACGAACCGGGAAAAAGGAAGACAAGGGAGGAAAUUUGGAGCCGAGUCUGCUUGAGAUUAGGCUCUGGCUUUUUGACGGUUUAUCAUGGGAAGGCAUCAUCUACUCCGUACAGAGUAGUGGCGGGACGCAACGGGAACAAUACCAAAAAGGAACAACACCAGAAAAAAAAAGAAGAUUACCACACAGUCUUAGAAAAGAGAGAAAAAAAACAUGUUUAGAUAAAUCAACCCCUUUCUUCAUCUGCGGAAAAUGGACAACUCUGUGGUGAUGAUCUCGCUGGCACAACAGGGCAAUGAGUACAGCGCAGCCCAAACCUCUUGAUCAUCCAAAAGUUUUGUCAUUCCGCAGAAAUGACGCCAUCGUCUACUCAUAUUGAGCAGAAUUAGUGUCGACAGGCAAUUCCAAGAAUAAAGAAAAUUCA